AUGAGUGAGAGAAAACGGUUUAUGAACGACGACAAUGAGGUCAUCAAAAGUCUCUCUGUUCCUCCAGACAAUAUUCCCACGACAGUGUCUCGUAUUUACAAUAAUGAUCGCAAUUUGAACAACGAAGUUCAGGCGUAUGCUAAGAUAGCUGGCAGAGACUGGACCUUCUAUGUGAAAUCGUUGAAAGUGCUCAUUGGAAGGAAUACAGACUCGCAUGCGACAGACCGCCCUGAAGACCUUGUUGAUAUUGAUCUGGGACCUUCCAAGGUGGUGUCCAGAAAACACGCCUCCAUCUCGUACAAUUUGGAAGAGAGACGGUGGGAAUUGGUAAUCCUUGGCCGGAACGGGCUCAAGAUCGAUGCACAGCGUAUCAACUCCACCUCAAACGGUUCGGGCCCGGUGUUUCUGAAUUCGGGCAAUAUUGUUGACAUUGGUGGCACCCAGAUGAUGUUCAUCUUGCCGGAUGCGGUUCCUGUGAUCUCCAACCACUUCUUGACCAACCUGAAAAACAAACGACCAAAAGCAGACGUGUUUAGCAAUUCCAGUGCUGCCAUCUACUCGGCAGAUGUGUAUGCCAACAAUAACGUGAAAGGAUUCCAGAUAUACGAGAAGUCGUCUGCGAGCAACGAUCUCUCGUCGCACGGAUCCGUUAUGAAAGGUUCCGACCAGGACUAUUCCAAAGACGAUGCCAAGGACCUCAAGCCUCCUUACUCCUACGCAACAAUGAUCACGCAAGCCAUUCUAUCCAACCAGCAGGGUAUUCUGUCCUUGUCCGAGAUCUACGACUGGAUUGCUAGUCAUUAUGCUUAUUAUAGACACAGUAAGCAAGGUUGGCAGAACUCCAUCAGACACAACCUUUCGUUGAACAAGGCGUUUGAAAAGGUUCCUAGAAAGCCCAAUGAACCCGGAAAGGGAAUGAAGUGGCAGAUCAGCGAGAGCUACAGAAAGGAUUUUUUGAAAAAAUGGGAGGAAGGAACGUUGAACAAAGUUAAAAGAGGAAGCAGCGUCUCAAGACAGUUACAAAUGCAUCUUUUGAAAAACAGAGGUCUUCCAGACUCAGGCAGAUCGGCCAUUCGAAACGACAGUUCAAUGGCCAACUUCAACAUAUACAAACGUCCAGAACAGCCGUUCUACGAGCAGAAGCUUGCUGCUGCUCCUCCAUUGCAACCAGAACCACACGAGGCCCUUAACUUUGUCCCUGCGGCUUCCAAUUUACCAAAACCCAGUAUACAGACCACUGACCCAUCUGCUUCGACGUCAGGCACAUCGACAACCACUAAUCCGACAAUCAAGCACGAGCUGUCGUCUCCUAUAAAGCAGCUGGGUGCCCCAGAGUACAGGUCCAACUUUAAUGGGUCUUUGCCGUUGCCUGCUCCAACUGUGUCGGAGGAGGUUUCCACUGCUGUCUCCAGAGGAGCCGACGGUAAGCAGCAAGCCUCCAGCUCUUCCGGGAACCCGCUUUUUGCAGAGAGCCCGAAAAAAUACCAGGUGAGUGCAUUGGAAGCAUACACCCCAGACAGAGGCACGUCUCGUCACCAAUUGGACCCUCCUUCGUCCUCGCAAUCGCAUCCUUCGGUGAACUCGUCUCCAGCUCUGUGGAACUAUGUUCAAUUUUCAACCCCGUUGGGCGGAGCUUCGUACAACGGCAACCAGCAACAAAACGGACUGCAAACCGGGUCAGCCAGCGGGAAGACCCCUGCGAAAGUCGAGUUUGAGAGUCCGCUACGCGAUCGCAAACAAGACACGCAGCCGGGCGACCUGAAGAAUGUUGAACUAGCAAAGGGAUUCAAAGAAUAA